ACCAUGUGUGUUUUCUCCACAGUGAGGUCACCAGGAACUCUCUGGAAAAAAUUCUUCCACAGCUGAAAUGCCAUUUCACCUGGAACUUGUUCUGGGAAGGAAGUCUCUCAAGUCAUGUGGAAGACAGAGUGCGAAACCAGAUUGACAUUUUAAACUCUGAGCACAAAGCGACAAUGUUCAACUUGUUGGCCUAUAUAAAAUACCUGGAUGGUGAAAAGGAGGCAGCCUUGGAGUGCUUAAGGCAAGCUGAAGUCUCAGUGGAGCCAAAGCAGGAUGAUCAAGCAGAAAUUAGACAUCUGGUCACCUGGGGAAACUAUGCUUGGAUCUACUACCACAUGGGCCGGCUCUCAGAAGCUCAGGCUUAUGUUGACAAGGUGAGACACGUGUGCGAGAAGUAUGCAAAUCCUUACAGCGUGGAAUGUCCAGAACUUGACUGUGAGGAGGGAUGGACACGCCUAAAGUGUGGAAGGAAUGAAAGAGCUAAAAUGUGCUUCCUAAAGGCUCUAGAAGAGAAGCCCAGUGAUCCAGAGUGUUCGUCUGGGCUGGCAAUCGCCACAAGCCGUCUAGAAGAACAGCCCGAGAAGCAGUUCGCUGUGGAUGCUCUGAAGCAGGCCAUGGAGCUGAACGCUGAGAACCAGUAUGUCAAAGUUCUCUUGGCCCUGAAACUGCAGAAAAUGGGAGAAGAAGCUGAAGGAGAGCGACUGAUUGACGACGCCCUGAGAAAAGCUCCUGAUCAAGCGGAUGUACUGCAAAAGGCAUCCCAGUUUUACCAGAAAAAGGGUAACCUAGAUAGAGCUAACACACUUCUUGUAAGAGCACUAAGAUCCACAGAAAACAAGACUCCCCUCUACACCCUGGUCAUGUGCCGUUACAGGGAAAGGCUGAAGCAAUUACAGAAAACCGGAAAUGCUGGCUCCAGUGACAGCCUAGAGAAGAUGGAAGAACUGAGACAAUUAACCAUGGAGUACAUGCGCCAGGCUCUUCAGAGGAAGCAAAGUCGUCUGAACUCCUACUCAGACCUCAUCGAUUACCCAGAAGUAAAACGAUGCUGUCAGUUGGUCUUCGGCAAGGAGAGCCCCAGUGCUGAAGAACAACAGCUCUACCAGAGCUAUUGCAACCUCCAGGAAUAUCACCAGCGGUCUGAAGGCCUUGCUGCCCUGAAGGAGUUACUCAAGUCCUGCAGUCUCACAGAAACAGCAUCCAUUGAGAAGGAAGGGAUGAAGGAGCAAGCAUAGGCCAAAGAUGAAAACGUUCAGUGGCAAAAUGUGCUGGAUUCUUGGUCUCUCUGGGGAAUAAG